UUAAAAAUUAUAAUAUUUGGUUAUAAACUAAUUUGGAUUUUUUUUUUUUUUUUUAUACUAAAAAGAAAAAAAAAAAAAAAAAAAAAAAGAUUUUCUUACAUAUAUGGGAUUUCUGGGUUUUUGCACAUAAAGGAUUUUGAAUUUACACCAAAUGCAGGCCAUACACAUGGUUCGAAUUUUGAACGAUUUUUUGUCCAAAAAUCGGAAACGUUGUUCUCUCGGUAAUCCGAUGGAGUCAUCAUUGAUUUCGAAAAUCGGCCAACCGAGUCAUAAAGUUCACCCCAUAUAACAGGCGAAACUUCUGUUCCUUCCAGGUCACGGCUUAUGUGCAUAUUCUUUUUGGAAAAAACGAUCGUACGAUUUGACCAUCAU